ACAAGCGCCAGAAGUGUCGCGUACGGUCGUGAUAAAUCUCAUCCAAGGCCACCUGCGGACCCGCACAAAUGCAGACAUUUGUCAUGAAAUAUUAUGUAAUUACUUACUUGUUAGGGUUGUAUUUCUACAAUGUAGCAUUUGCAAAUACAGUAACUUUGCUUAACGGGAAGGAAAAAAAUACAUCGCGUUUCAUAGAAUUUCCUGAUGACGAAGGGGUUGUACAUAAGAUUGAUAUUGAGGCAAAAAUAAGUCGUGCAUUUAAAUUAUUGCUAAACAAUAUUAAUCAUUCUACGAAUAAAUAUUUAUUAUAUACACGACGUAACAUUUUGUCUCCUGAUACCCUCAAAAUGAAUGAUGUACAAUCUAUUAAUGGUUCACACUUUAAUGUAAUUAACCCUACAGCUGUAAUUGUUCACGGUUGGACUGGAAAGCGCAGCUCUCCUAUAAAUAUGGCAUUACGGAACGCAUUGCUUGCAAACGCCGAUCACAAUGUCAUAGUUUUGGACUGGAGCGUCAUUGCUGAUAAGGAUUACGCUACUGCUGUGAUUGGAGUGCCACGUGUAGGUCAGCGUUUGGGGCAGUUCUUGGCUUUUUUGAGUCUUGUGACUGGCACUUCUUUUAAGACUAUGCACUUAGUGGGCCAUAGCUUGGGAGCUCAUGUAGUUGGAAACGCAGGCAGAACACUCCAUGGUCAGGUCGCCCGCAUAACAGGCUUAGAUCCUGCUGGACCCUUAUGGAAUAUAAACAGUCAACGCUUGCGAGAGACUGAUGCAAUUUAUGUUGAAGCUAUUCAUACUGAUGGUGGUAAAUAUGGUUUAAUAGAACCUGUAGCUACGGCUGACUUUUAUCCUAACGGAGGGGUAUCACAACCAGGUUGUGUCACAAAUAUAUGUAAUCAUAACCGUUCGUGGAAACUGUUUGCUGCUUCAAUACUUUUUGACCAUCUCGUGGGUCGAAAAUGCUCGACUAAAACACAACUUACCCUGGAUACUUGUAGAGGAAAUACUGAGAAAUUAGGAAAUGGUAUUUUAACGAAGCAAGGGACCGGUGUAUAUCGCCUCAACACUAAGGCGGUUUUUCCUUAUUAAGAAAACCAUAAAAGUACCGUGGAAAAAUGUACUUACCCAAAAUAUAUAAUUAAAUAAAUUUAUUUUCAUCUAU